UGUGGGGCAUGCUGCAUCUGCCCUUCGCGCUACUGAGCUUCCGUACGCUUGCAGUUGUGCUAUGGAACCAAGCCCGUAAUGAUGCAAGGUAAACUCAUACGUGACGUUCUUAAACUCCCAAACCAACAUACCACCUGACGUGGCUCCUAUUCCCGGCAACCUUUCGCUCUAGUACCAGCUGUCGCCAUCACGGUACUCCCUUGCUCAUAUCCCUCGAAGUGCGCUAUACCGCGAAGCUAAUACGGUGUUCCUAAAUAACCUCACAAAUUACAUCCAUAUUGACACACAAUAAACCAUGUUCGGCGCGCACCACGGAAUGUCAUCGCCGUGCCAACAACGAAGUUUUCCCUGCCUUGGCGGGGAACCCAGCAAGCGGUCUUCAGGCCACCAAACUUCGCAGAAAGUUGCACUGGCAGUUCUUGUGAUGGCUGCAAUAGCAUGCCUCCAAGGCCUGCGAUGGCUUUCACACGGCUACAACGCGACCGACGAGGCUAUCAAGGCAUCAGCUGCUGAAGCCGUUUAUACACCAGCCGAAGCACAGUAUUUUGGCCGGAAUUACCGACAUCGCCUCCUUAACGCACAGCUACGCGACAAGGACAAUGAGGUCAAGCUACUGCGCGCUCAGCUGGAAUCCGCCGUGAAGGCUAGCCAACUUAAGGAGGAUUCAAUAAGGUCUGCCGAAAUCAUGAUUCAGUCGCUACGGGAGCGCGAGGAGGCAGCCAAGCAGAGCCGCAGCAAGGCGCAACUCGCGCUCGCCGAGAAGGCUAUGGCGCUGCAGACUUGCCAAUCCCAGACCGAGACUCUACUCGCCGAAGUGACGCAAUGCGGGAGAGCCCUGCGGCGGUUAUAGGCUGCUGCUAGCUUUCCUAACAGGAACCUCCGCCCCGGAGGUUACCUUUAGCAAGCAUGCGCAGCCGUGUCUAGUCGGGAGCGCAGGCGCAGCAGGUUUCUUUGGCGUAGCAUAAGCAGCAGCAGGCGUAGCGUACGGAGCCGUGGCCCUUCCACACUCACCCUGCACACGUUUAUGGGCCGGCGCCGUUCACGCUACCCUCCAGCUGUCUCGAACACCGCGGGCUGAAGAGCCUCCCCCACAAUGCCGAGUCAAGCUCCUUCCCCACCUCCACUGCCCAACCGUCAAAAUGACGUACACGCCAGCUUCCCCUCAAAACCCUGGUGGCAAUUUGGCUUUGCAGCUAUCGGUGCAAUGGAUGGCAAGCAGUCGGAGCCCCGGAGUCCUCCGGCAGGGUCCCUUUGCGGGCCUGUGCUUCCCACCAGUGCGCAUGUGGGUGCAUUCGGGAGACUGCUGACAAGGCAGGGAACGAGGUGUUGCCGUUGGAUAAACGGAGUGGGCACUAUGGCCCAUGGGUCACCUUGGUGAUUGGCAUGCUUGGAAGUGUGCGUGCGGAGGGGCCACGGUGCCGUUUAGCAAUUAAUUGGCGUGUGGUAUUGUACGUGCUGUGAACAACCAUUACACAGGCCCCUCAGAAUGUCUGUCGUACUGCGUAUGUACGUACAAGAGCAACUUGUGCCGGUGGUGUGAGGGUUCCUCCUGUGGUGGUUGGUUUCCCUGUCCCUUCUUGUGUUUCCUUAAGACGAUGUUAACGCAGGAGGGGCUCUGUCUAGGACUAAUUCUUGUUAGCUACUGUAGCUUACGUUUUUUAACGGGCCGGCCAAGCGCUCCGUAUGGUUUCACAGCUUUAAGGUUGGCAUGAAUAAGGUCGCACGCACGUGAGACAUUGCCGUGGAGCUGUACAAUGUACGAUGGAUACGGUUGAGAUGGCGGUUGGUUGAUUGAUUAAUCUGUUGAUAAGCGCCGCCGAAGGGGUGUGUGCUGGUACUAGCUGUGGGUCUACUUGCGAACAAGUAUUGGAAACGUUGCUACGGGCUGUUGUUGUUGCGUAUGGGCGCCUCAAUCCUAGGGCCUUGUACGUGGCGUUGAGUUCCGUUGCUUAGAUAAUGGUUGUUUCAUUGAUGUGGAGUUUCUUUUGGACCAACAGUGCUGAGGGAUUUGACGUGAACGAACGAGCUGACUUGAGUGCUAACAGUGCUGACAAGUAACUCUAGAGAUGGACGCUAACGGUACAGAUAGCUCGCUGGUCAUGCCACUUGGGGGCAUGCCGAGGUUUAGAAGAGCGCUGCUCAUAGCUGCAGCUUUUACACAUCAAGGUGUCGAACAAGGUUAGUUGCCUAUCGUGUGGCAAAACACACGCUUUCGAAUGAAGGCCAUUUACUGACGGGUAGAUAUUGAUUAAUAACUGACAUAGAACGGGAUCGUACGAAGGUACGGCUUACCGGGCCAAGCCCGAUAGUAACCACCGUUAUAGCAUUGAUUUAUUCACCCGCCUGCUGUGCCUUGACCACUAUACAUUCACACAGACUUGUGAGUUAUGGCGCCACCACCUUUCCCAGAUACACUCUGCAUGGCAAGGUUUGACCCAAGGGUCGGUGUAAACGGCAGCUAUUGAACACGCAC